GAUAUAUAUAAGAUUGUACGGACAUAACGAAGCAAAGUUCCUACGCGCCAUAACAUUGAACAAUGUUUACCAAAGCACUGUCUGUCGUCUUCGUCCACCAGUUGCUGUUGUUUUGUGAUGUGGAGUCAUACUGUUGGGGUACAUAUCCGCCACCUGACGAUGGCCGUACUUCCUGCGAGUACAAGGGAUGGACAUUUGUAUCAGGAGCCUCGUUUAAAGCUCCGGCUCCCAUCUGUGAAGAGUGUACCUGUACGGACGGUGGAUUAAGUUGCUGUGGAUAUGGUAAGAAAGCUGGUGUGGCCAGUGUACAAGGAUGUGUGCUAGUGGACGAUGACAGCACAUGCGAAAUGCAAUUUGUUGACAGCAUGGACGAAACUCAACCUUGUGCCCUAUGGGAACAAAAACGAGGUCUGAAAAACGAAUGAUUCUGUAUAAAAAACCUCUGUGAACUAUGGAAUAAAGCAUUUGAAAUUCA